ACAAAAAAGGGGAAAAAAAUCGCAGCAAUAUAAAUAUUUCGCAAAUCAAGAACCAAAAGCUCAAACUUAGGGUUUUUUUUUCUUCCAGAGGCUCUGAUCAGGCCGUUCAAACCGCAGCAAUGUCUGGAGUUACAGUUUAUGAUAUGAAUGAUGAUGUUAUAGAAUAUGAGUCCAAUGAAGAUGAUAUGGGUGAUGCUAUUGUGAAUGAAGAUGAGGAUGUGUUCGAUCCUAUUUGUGCAUUCUGUGAUAAUGGAGGUGAAAUUGUCUGUUGUGAGGGAAGGUGCAGGAGGUCGUUUCAUCCAACUGCAGAGGCUGGUGCAGAUUCUCUGUGUGUCUCUGUUGGCUUUUUGCCGGGGGAAGUAGAUGAGUUGCCGAAUUUCUUCUGUAAAAAUUGUGAAUAUGAACAGCAUCAGUGCUUUGUUUGUGGGGAGUUGGGCUCUUCCGAUAAGUUUUCAGGUGCUGAGGUCUUUCCCUGUGUUAUGGAAACCUGUGGCUAUUUUUACCAUCCACGUUGUGCGGCAGAAUUGCUCCAUCCGGGGAAUGAAGUUGCUGUGGAAGAGCUUAUGGGAAUGAUUUCUGCAGGGGGAUCCUUUACAUGCCCAAUUCAUGAGUGCUCUGUUUGUAAACAAGGAGAGAAUAAGAAUGAUCCUCAAAUGCAGUUUGCUGUAUGUAGGCGUUGUCCUAAGUCAUACCACAGGAAAUGCUUGCCAAGGGAGAUUGCAUUUGAAGAUACAGAGGAUGAAGGUAUAAUAACAAGGGCUUUUGAAGGUCUAUUACCCAGCAACCGCAUACUAAUAUACUGCUUAAACCAUGAGAUUGAUGAAGAACUCGGAACUCCGAUAAGAGACCACAUAAAAUUCCCUGAUGUUAUUGAGUAGCAGUGAUGGAUCCCCAUGAUGCUGCCUCUGACACUACCGUCUCCUCCCCGGUUGAGAACGGUGUCAUUUCUGUGGCAGAAUGAAGUAUGAAUUGCUAUGGUGCUCAACUCCAAAAGCAACAAAUCCUUGGCUAACCAUAAAUUUUUAAUCUUGAAAGGUUUGAGUGAUGCCAAUGUCAAACUUGAGCUUGGCUAACAUGAUUAGAAAUAAUGUUUGACAAUCUUAUUUUGUGACUUCUUUUUCUAAGAAAAGUUUUGUUUCUAAAGCC